CACACAAACAGACACACACACACACAGAUAAACUCAGUUGGUUUCCUGUAACUGGAGAAUGGGAGGAGCAGAUCAGGUCCAUGAGAAGAGGAAGAGGUGAGUCAGUCGAGACUCCAUUAGAGUGGACAGAAGAGCGGGAGGAGGAAACUGAAGGCUGAGGCAGGACUGACUUCAGAUCAGAAGAUGAGUGAUUUCGAGGAAGAGGAGGAUGGAGCAGAGUCUGUAGUAUCUGGCUGUCAGUCUAUGAAGAGUGACCAGUCCAAACAUGAACCUCUGACCUUCAGUAAAGAACCUGGACCCUCAGACACAAAACUGACUUCAGAUCAGAAGAUGGAGGAAGAGGAGGAUGGAGCAGAGUCUGUAGUAUCUGGCUGUCGGUCUAUGAAGAGUGACUGGUCCAAACAUGAACCUCUGACCUUCAGUACUGAACCUGGACCCUCAGACACAAAAAAGAGGAAGAGGAGUGAUGUUUGUGAGGAGGAGCAGCCGUCCUGCUGUGCUUUGUGUCAGGACGUCCUGAAGGAUCCAGUUUCUACCAGCUGUGGACACUGGUUCUGCAGACAGUGCAUCACCUCAUACUGGGACCAGUCUGCUUCAUCAGGAGACUCCUGCUGUCCCCAGUGUGGAGAAAGAUCCAGAACAAUGUACAUUGUUAAACAUAAACAUAAGAUCAGUGUGAAGGGGACAUAUGAACGUGUAAAUGAAGGAACUGAUCAAACAGGAAGUGGAACCCUCCUCAACAGGAUCUUCACUGCGCUCUACAUCACAGAUGAACUGAGUGAAGAAGUUAAUACCCAACAUGAGGUGUGGCAGCUCGAGACAGCUUCCAAGAUGAAGACCCUCCAUGACUCUCCAAUCAAGUGCAGCGACAUCUUUAAAGCCUUACCUGACCAACAGAAACACAUCAGAGUCGUUAUGAUGAUCGGCGUCGCUGGCGUUGGAAAAACCUUCUCAGUGCAGAAGUUCUGUCUGGACUGGGCCGAGGGUUUGGAAAACCAAGAUGUGGAUCUGGUGAUUCCUCUUUCCUUCAGGGAGCUGAACUUGAUCAAAGAUGAGCAGUACAGUCUUCUGGAGCUGCUCCGUGUUUUCCAUCCAUCAUUACAGGAGGUCCCAGCAGAACAGCUCGCUGGCUCUAAAGUUCUCUUCAUCUUUGACGGCCUGGAUGAAAGCAGACUUUACCUGGAUUUCAACAACAAUGAGGCUGUUUCUGAUGUCACACAGAAGUCAUCAGUCAAUGUGCUGUUGACAAACCUCAUCCAUGGGAAGCUGCUUCCCUCGGCUCUCGUCUGGAUAACUUCCCGACCUGCAGCAGCCAAUCAGAUCCCUCCUGCGUGUGUUGACAGGGUAACAGAAGUACGAGGCUUUACUGACGACCAGAAGGAGGAGUACUUCAGGAAGAGAGUCAGUGAUGAAGAGUCCAGCAGAAUCAUCUCCCACAUCAAGACCUCCAGGAGCCUCCACAUCAUGUGUCUGAUCCCAGUCUUCUGCUGGAUCACUGCUACAGUUCUGGACCACAUGUUGACUACAGACCAGAGAGGAGAGCUGCCCAAGACCCUGACUGACAUGUACUCACACUUCCUGCUGGUUCAGACAAAGAGGAAGAAGCUCAAGUAUGCUGAGGGACAUGAGACGAGUCCACAGGAGCUGACGAAGGCUGACAGGGAAGUUCUUCUGAAGCUGGGGAGGCUGGCGUGUGAGGAGCUGGAGAAAGGAAACAUCAUGUUCUACCAAGAAGACCUGGAGCGCUGUGGUCUGGAUGUCACAGAGGCCUCGCUGUACUCAGGAGUUUGUUCAGAGAUCUUCAAAAGAGAGAGUGUGAUCUUCCAGAAAACAGUCUACUGCUUCGUUCAUCUGAGCGUUCAGGAGUUUCUGGCUGCAGUCUACCUGUUCCACUGUUACACCAACAGGAACACAGAGGUACUCAGGGUGUUCCUGGGAGAAGACUACGUUGAUUCAUCCCUGGAUGUCUUCCUGAAGAAAGCCAUGGAGAAAUCCCUUGAAAGUAAAAAUGGCCACCUGGACCUGUUUGUCCGCUUCCUUCAUGGUCUCUCUCUGGAGUCCAACCAGAGACUCUUAGGAGGCCUGUUGGAUCAGACAGACAACAGUCCAGAAAUCAUCCAGAGAGCCAUCAACCACAUGAAGAAGAUGAAGAAGACCAAUAUCUCGCCUGACAGAAGCAUCAACAUCUUCCACUGUCUGAUGGAGAUGAACGACCACUCAGUCCAGCAGGAUAUCCAAAAGUUCCUGAAGAAGAGAUCAAAAAAGAGACUCUCAGUGAUCCACUGCUCAGCUCUGGCCUACAUGCUGCAGAUGUCAGAGGAGGUUCUGGAUGAGUUGUACCUGAAGAAUUACAACACAUCACAGGAGGGACGACUGAGACUGAUUCCAGCUGUGAGGAACUGCAGAAGGGCUCGAUUGGGUUCGUGUGGUUUGUCAGAGAUCAGCUGUGCUUCUCUGGCCUCAGCCCUGAAGUCCAACCCCUCCCAUCUGAGAGAGCUGCAUAUGUGGGGCAACCGCAACCUGAAUGAUUCAGGAGUGAAGCUGCUGUGUGCUGGAAUGGAGAGUCCAAACUGUAGACUGGAGAUUCUGAAAUUGGAGAGCUGUUGUUUGUCAGAUAUCAGCUGUGCUUCUCUGGCCUCAGCUCUGAAGUCCAACCCCUCCCAUCUGAGAGAGCUGGACCUUGGUGACAACGAGAAGCUGAAGGAUUCAGGAGUGAAACUGCUGUGUGGUUUUCUGGAAAGUCCAAACUGUGGACUGGAGACUCUGAUAUUGUAUAACUGCGGUUUGUCAGAGAUCAGCUGUGCUCCUCUGGCCUCAGCUCUGAAGUCCAACCCCUCCCAUUUGAGAGAGCUGGACCUGAGGGGCAACGACCUGAAGGAGUCAGACGUGAAGCAGCUGUGUGAUCUGAAGGAGAGUCCAGACUGUAGACUGGAGACUCUGCAAUGGAGGUGGUAACAGAGUGAUCAGAAGGAGGAUGUUGGAGGAUCAGCUGAGUCCUGAUGAUCCCGAGAGGUUGAAACAGUACUCACACAGAGAGAGAGACACAUUUACACACACACACACACACACACACACACACACACACACACACACACACACACACACAGACACACACACACACCCUUUAACCCCGUGCUAAUAGGGAAGAGUUGUCUCAAGGAGGCCGACAGAAGAAGCUCUCAGUGAAUGAAAAAGAACUGAUAUGAAUGUAAUCAAAUUAAUAAAUCAGUUUGUUGUUUGGACAAA